CGGCGCCGUGGCCCGGGAGGGAGCGGGCGGGCGCGGCGGUUUGAAGGCGGCGGCGGCGGCCUGGCCGUGCCGGUCCCUGUCCCUGUCCCGUCCCCGGCUGAGGGCAGGGUGGCGGUUCUCCGCCCCUGCCCCUGCGCAGCGUGGCCCCGAGGCGGCGGCGGGACCGAGCGCCCAGGACAUGCAUCACUUUGAGGAAGAAUUAACGUGUUCCAUUUGCUACAGCAUAUUUGAAGAUCCACGCGUUCUGCCCUGUUCCCAUACGUUCUGUAGGAGUUGUCUGGAAGGCGUUAUUCAGCUGUCGAACAACUUUUCCAUUUGGAGACCCCUGAGAGUUCCUCUGAAGUGUCCUAACUGUAGGAGUAUUGUUGAAAUUCCUGCCGCUGGUACCGAGUUGUUGCCUGUCAACUUUGCAUUGAAAGCUAUUAUCGAAAAAUACCAACGGGAAGAUCACACUGAUGUUGCAACCUGCAGCGAACACUACAGGCAACCGCUGAAUGUUUACUGUCUCUUGGACAGAAAAUUGGUGUGUGGCCAUUGCCUUACAAUAGGAAAACACAACGGUCAUCCCAUAGGCGACCUUCAGAGCGCCUACAUAAAAGAAAAGGAGACUUCUGAGAAACUUCUCGAGCAACUAACUGAUAAACACUGGUCUGAUGUAUGCUUGCUUAUUGAAAAGCUGAACGAACAGAUGUCCCGGUGUGAAAGCAUUGUUCAGGACGAUAAAAAAGUAGUAGUACAGUAUUUUAAGAAACUAAGCGAUACCUUGGAGCACAAAAAACAAGCUCUGCUGACCGCACUGGAUGAAGUUAACGCCCACAUUUUGGAAGAAUAUCAGCCCCUCAUUGAAAAGUUGAAAAAAAUAAGGGAAGAACAGCUGGAAUUAAUGUCACUGAAUACAUCUAUUCAAAAAGAAGAGUCCCCGCUUAUUUUUCUUGAGAAGGUGGAUGAUAUACAUCGACGUAUAAAAGCCUUGAAACAGAAGGAACUGCCGGAUGUUAAACCUGUGGAGAUUUAUCCAAGGAUUGGGCACCUCUUGAAAGAUGUGUGGUCUAAAACUGAAAUCGGUCAGAUCAACAAGAUCCUGACUCCAAAAAUAAAACUGAUUCCAAAAAGGAAGUUAGGCAGCGAAGGCAGUGGGAAGGAAGGAAGGGAAUCUGAAGAACUCCAAGCUGUAAAUCCUUUAGCAGUCCUGCUUCUUUUUAUACUGAUAGUGGUAAUUGUGUUUUCAUUUCACAAACCGGUAUCGUCAGUUGUAAUCAAAGCUACUCCUGCUUAUGUCUCAGAAUUCUUGCUGCUUAUGUAUCAAGAUUUCUGCACCCAUUUCCACAAUAUAGUGAAUAUGCUGUGCCAUACAUUUAAUUUAGUGAUGGGGUUUUGGGGAGAAUUGUUUAUCUUUGACUAUUUUCAAUGAUUAGAUCAAAAGUUAGUGAAGGAAUCCACAGGAUUUUUUUUUUUAAUUUCUACUUAAAAAUGAGAUUGUUAAAGCUCUACACUUCUUUGUUUCCAUAUCCUUUUUUUUCUGUACUGUAUAGAUUUCCUCUUAGGUAACUCUUAGUUAAUUGAGAAGAUUUGCAACAAAAAAAGGCUUCCUCUUCUGCUCACACAAUAUGGUUGGUUGGUAGGUGUUUGUUUAAACUGGAAGCUAGUCAGAAAUGAUGUCUGCCUAAGAAAGCUAUAAUCAGUUUACAGAUUGUAAUCUGGAGUCCUGGUUGUAAAAACUCCUCAAACAUCUACUGUCUUUUUUUUUUGGGGGGGGGGGGGUAAUAUUUUAAAUAGUUUUUAAAAUAAAAGCGCUACAACAUUAAAGGUUAAAAAAACCCACCUCAGACAGCAAGCUGGCUAGCCCUGGACGAGUCACUUGGCUGCUAGUUCUGGUGUACAAAACCUCCUAUUUUGUGUUCUACUGAGCUCUCUCCGAGUGUAUUUGAACCGACAGACCUGUGGUCUUCAAAACGUGUAUUCAUGGCCCUGGGUUUUGCUUUGUUUGUUCCUGGUUACUAGUGGAUGACAUGAUUUAAUCUUUUUUUUCUUUUAAAAAUCUUUGUGUCUUUCAAAGGGUUCCCUCCACUUUACAGAGCAGUAUCUGUAGGACUUCUGGAGAAAUACUGCGUACUGUUUUUUAGUGCCAGCUGUGCAUAGUCAGGUGUUUGUUUAGUCUGGCAGGGAGCUCUCACUGCUUACUAAAAUGAGCCCUGACUUUUUGCUAGAUCAUGUAAUAUGUGAUGAAAAUAGGUACAUACUGCAGUAACUAAAAAAUCUCCCACUGAAGUCAGGGAUAUAAGGAUUUCAGAUGUUGUCAGGAGCUCUUAAAACAACUUGACAAUGAGGGUAAAUUUAUAUUAAACUUUUCAGCACAAAUAACAGAUCUUUACCUGGAUGUAGAGGAAGCACGAUAGCAUUUUAUUCUGCAAUCAAGUGAUCGCUAACACUCUUCACUACUUCUGAUGAGAUGCUCCAGUCUAAACUAUGCUCAGGAGCGAAACCCCCAGCUGGUUUUGGCCUUCAGUUAUUAACAGGCUGAUGACAGGAGGUCCUGGGGCAGCCUUGGAGCAUUGCAGUUCCAACAGUAGAACACAGGUGAGCUUGCAAUUCACUAAAAAAACCAAAAAUGAGUAUUUGCCAUGUCUGUAUUUGACUUGAUAAAAAUAAUAGCAUAUUCUAGCAUAGGAACAUUCCUUGGCUGUUGUAUGUUUUUAAAUAGUAAAAGUUGUUUCAAGAGCGAUUGAAUCCAGAGGCUAGGCUUUACCUACUUGGUAUGAUAAACCCUUGUGCAAACCAAACCUUGCCUGUUGCUAUCAGAAGACCCCAGCGGGGUCCUGUAAAAUCCCAUCUGCUGCCAGACUUCAGUGAGAGCUGAGGGCAAGGUGGCCCUCGGAUGGGAUGCUGAUACAUUCCUUAAGCCUACAGAAAGAUCCUCAUAAGGAUAUUGAUAUGCUAAUAUUGCUGUAUUGAUAAAACACUGUGUCUAGCUCCCUCCUCUGCAGCUCUGGGAGUCUGGUUGUCCAGGCUGGACCAAGGCAGGAGCCAGCGGCGUGGCAGGGGCGCGGGACUUUGCCUGUGUCUUAGAAUUUGUACGUAUGUGUUCUGUACUCUUUUGGCAUUACAAAGGCGAAUUGCAUGAAUACCGCUGGUCAGGUUGUGAAAUGGUGUUCAGGUGUAUCCUGGGACUGGAUAAAUGCUGUCGUGUUUAAUUUCCCAAUAAAACUGGGGAUUUGUUUUUGUCUUCAGCCCUGCUAGAAGGCUGUCACUUAUCAUGGAAGGCUCUCAAAAACCUAGAGCUAACUGUCUGUCCACUACCAUGGGAGGCUUCUGUUUUGACUUACAUUCUUUUUAUUUGCUUGACUUUUAAAAACUUACAGAGAGUUUAUAAUGCAAUUUUAUUUUUCAAGACUACAGAAAUUUAUAAAACGCCUUUACCACCGAAAUAUUUAGUAAUUGUACUUCUCUGAUGUGCUAUCUAUUUUAAUAAAUCUGUAUACAAAUAAAAUAUAGUCUUACAGUA